AUGAUACAAUGCCCAACGUGUAGUUCUGAAACUCUCUGGGGUUCGUCUGAAUCAUACAUCCCCGAAACACCCUCCUUCAUUGACCCGGACCAUCUUGCGAAGUUGACGGUCCAAAUCGCUGCGAAGGCAAGAAGAAUAAACGCCUUGGCAGAGAAGCUCCAAGAGGCAGCGGUAUCGGCUCGCAAGGAGUCUGAUCGCUGGCAAGCGAUCCUAAAAUCGUACCAAAAUCGUUCACUGCCGGUUUCUCGUCUGCCGACAGAAGUUUUGAUUCCCAUCUUUGAACGCUGCGUGGAACAAGACAGCGCAGGGCAUGUGUUUUCAUGUCGUUCUAUGCCGUGGAAACUUGCCCAGACUUGUCGUCAUUGGCGUUCAAUAGUCUUAUCGACGCCGUCGUUAUGGAAUGUUGUUCGACUGGACAUCACUCGUUCAGUUCAGUCUCUCAACUCGGUGGAAAUGUUGCGAAUUUGGUUGGAAAGGUCGCAAACGUAUCCUAUAUCGUGUUUGAUCAUAUUGGGUGAUCCAUCAUUGAAGGAGUUUGACCUGGAAAUCCUCGAUACUCUUCUCUUGCACUCAAUGCGUUGGGCCCAUAUGGAUUUCGAUUUCCGGCACCACGGCGAUCUUUACCAUCGCCUGGCAUCCUCAGAUAUCAAUCUUCCGCUACUUGUAUCGUUUCGAAUGCGGGUCGAGAUCUCGUCCCAACACCCGGUUCUUCCAAACGAUUGGGGUCAUUUACCCAACCGGUGGCUUGCUCCGAAACUGACAGAGGUUUCCAUCUCUCUCCUCAACCGACAAAGUUUCAUGCCAAUCUUCGUCAUACCCUGGUCACAACUUACCGAGCUCAGCUGGACUACCUCACCAACAUCGCUUUUAAAAAUCGGGUCUGCCUUCUCACAUCUACAAUAUUGCGUUAUAUACUUCGAUUUCCAUCAUCCCUCCGACAUUCUAACGAUUCCAAAAUGCAUCCUCCCUCAACUCCGUCACCUUCAUCUUUCCGGAACUUUCUCGAGUGUCUUCUCUUUUAUUAACUACAUCACACUCCCAGUUCUGGGAGAUCUUGCCUUGGAUUUUUGGGAGCAGAUCAGUCCAGUGUCGCUCCACCUCUUAACGGCUUUAUGCAAGCUUCGGACACGGAGUUCCUUCGAACUACAAUACUUAUCAGUUCCUCUCUCGAUUUUCAACUGUCGGGAUGCCCCUACACUUUUAGAAAACUUUGGGCAUAUUCGAGAACUAGGUCUUAUUUUGAAUACAGAGGAGAGCUACGAUCAAGCGCUCCCUCACUUCUUGCAUUCACGUGUCCUUCGAAACUUGGAAAUAUUACAUCUUACAUUUCGUGGAGUGCCUGAGCACGACAGCAGGAUGUUCGCGGAUACCUUGGACCUAGUGGAAACCAGAUGUCGACCGACUGUUUCCUCCUCCACGCCUUGUACUACACUGAAAGCUUUGUCGGUGGAAAUCCUCAAAUCCCCUCAUUUCACAGCACACCAUGCACUUGUUCAUCUCGAGCCCUUUAGGCGACUUCUAAGUUUACAGAAAGAUGGUCUCGUUUUGCUGGGCCAUGUAGUAGAAGGAAGAUGGCACACGAGUUACCGAGAUACGCAUUGGAAUUCUGGAGAUGUGACAAGAGCGGAGCGUCGAUGGCAUAGGUUCGGUUGUACCGACUGGUUGUUCAAGCCUGAAUUCGAGGAUUACCGAUGUGUCGAUACACCACAACAUCGAAGAAAUCGACCGUCGACGUCGUCGCAACCCGGACCUCAAGCUAGCCAACCCUUUACGGUCGCAAAUAUGGCUUCAAAACUUCCCUCUGUCCUGAGUGCGACUGAAGAUGAAAUUCAACUCCUUCUUGCCGCCCAAUGCCACAUUGGUACCAAAAACUGCGAUAAGCAGAUGGAACCCUACGUCUGGAAACGAAGACCCGAUGGAAUUCACAUCUUGAACAUUGGGAAGACUUGGGAGAAGCUUGUUUUUGCCGCUCGUAUCAUCGCUGCCGUCGAAAACCCGAACGAUGUCUGUGUCAUUUCUGCCCGUCCCUACGGACACCGUGCCGUGCUCAAAUUCGCCGCCAACACUGGCGCUCAAGCUAUUGCCGGUCGUUUCACUCCUGGAUCUUUCACCAAUUAUAUCACCCGCUCAUUCAAGGAGCCUCGUCUGAUCGUUGUCACCGAUCCUCGUGUAGACCACCAAGCUAUCCGCGAAGCUGCCUACGUCAACAUCCCCGUCAUCGCCCUUUGCGACACCGACGCACCCCUCAAAUUCGUUGACGUUGCUAUUCCCACAAACAACAAGACAAAACACUCGAUUGGUCUUAUAUGGUGGUUACUUGCCCGUGAAGUUUUGAGACUUCGUGGAACGAUCCCCAGAACCGUCGAUGGCUGGAAUGUCAUGGUUGACAUGUUCUUCUACAGAGAUCCCGAGGAAGUUGAGAAGCAACAACAGGAGGAGGCUGCUGCAAAGGCUGCCGCUGCCCCGGGAGAGACCGAGGGUCAGCAGGGUGCGUCGGAGUGGGAUGUCUCCAGUGCACCUCAAGCUGGUGCGAUCAACCCUGCAUUGGCACAGGAUGGUGGUGCUCUUGACUGGUCUGCAGACCCUGCUCCUGGUGGACCCACCGAUUGGUCUGCCGAGCCUACAGGUGGAAACUGGGGUGUUGAAGCUAACGCGACCAAUUCUGGGUGGGAUUAA